AUGGCUCCAGAGGACCACAUGGUUGAGCUUCAUCUUCACAUCGUUCGCGACCUCUGCUCCAAUAGGUUAAAUCGCUCCCGUGAUCACGUGACUUUCCGUUCGGACAACAACACGUUAAGCUACAAGAUGUGCGAGGUUGCACAAGACAUCUGCACUGCUCUCGCCUUCUAUUCCGGGUGGGUAGUCAUCAGUUAUAGAAGCUACACCACAUUAUCGAGAAAUGACUUCACAGUAACAUUUUCUUUUCGACACAUCUCACAACCACCCGUGCAGCUGUCUGAGGACAAAUGGAACUGCUCAGCUGCAGACUGGCCGGACGUGCGGCAGGACGCGCCGUGUAUUUUCCUCUUUGAUUGCAGCGACGACGAAGGGGAAGGUGGCUGCUGGCAAGGUGAUGGCACUUUGAAGAAUGGAAUAUUUCAGGUGGAUGGUCGAUGUUUUGGUAUUUCACACGCAACUGAAAGGUCGACUUGGAACCUCGAGAGUAAAAGGUGUCGACAGCGAGGAGGUCAGCUUGCCAGUCUGAAAACGAAAACAUUGAGAGAUAAGAUGCCACUGCUGUUAUCGAAGAUUAAAGAUGACCACUGUGUUUUCAUUGGGCUCAGGACAAUGCCAUACACUCUAAACAAGAUAGCCAUGUCCAUCGACUAUCAUAUGUGCCAGAUUCCUGGUCCUCGUACAGACGCCAGACCGCCAGAGAUUUCCACACCGCAUGUCACCGACCGACUUUCUCAGGGCUCUAACUAUGAACUGACGCACUUUGAUGUGACAUUUUCAGUAACACUUGACAUUUACAAUGGAGAGCUUGAAUUCUUUCAUCGGAGUACAUCAAAAACACCUUUCACCAAUUCAUGCUCUGAGUCCCAGUUCGCGUGUGCUAGCUUUCACCAUGUGUGUCUUCCUGUGUACCUCCGUUGUAACGGGCUGUACGACUGUCCUGGUCACGAGGACGAGGCGGAAUGUGACAGGUACACGUGUCCCGGCUUCUACCGUUGUCGCGGCUCUCAGGUGUGUGUUCACGAGAGUCACGUGUGUGACGGAGGGCACCAUUGUCCACAAGAAGAUGACGAAGAAUUUUGCAAUGAAAUAUGUCCUCACGGGUGUGUCUGCCAUGGCUGGGCUUUUACUUGUUCUAAUAAUUUUAAUGCUACCAGCUAUUCUAGUCUUCGUUAUCUGGAUGCCAAUACUUUUCUGGUUCAUCUAGUCAUGGUCCGUUGCAAUCUAACUAAACUGCAUCAUGUGACAUUGCCCAACCUUCGUAUUGUAGACCUCAGCAAUAAUGAGUUAACUCACAUUAGUAGCAGCCAUUUCACUAGUUUGACAAACUUAGAGUUUCUAAAAGUAAGCAAUAAUCCUUUGAAGUAUUUUGAUUUUUACGAUUUUAGUCAACCAUCGUUUCUGAAAAUUAUGGACAUGUCGGAUGUCCGAAUACCAGAAAUUGACUUUGGAAUAUUUGCCUUUUUCUCAAGUUUGAGAAUGUUAAAUCUCUCUGGGGGUCAUUUAGAUCACGUGACAAACCAAGGUUUUUAUGGAAUGAGGGAUCUGCGCAUCCUAGACUUACGCCAUUCUCCAAUAACAAUGUUUCCACCAAAAAUAUUUCAAACCUUAGACAAAUUAGAGACAAUUUUUGCAGACAAUUACAAACUGUGCUGUCACGUGACUCUGCCCCGAGGGUUCAACGUGCUCAACUGUCACGCUCCCUCCGAUGAAGUGUCUUCCUGUGACGAUCUGCUGCGCUCCAACCUGUACCGCGUGGCACUCGCCAUCUUUGCCUCGCUGGCCUUACUAGGAAAUCUUGUUUCGUUAGUUUAUCGUUUGAUUCUUCACAAAACUCCGGGUAACGUCGGGUAUGAUGUCUUUGUCACCAACCUGUGUGUGGCAGAUUUUCUCAUGGGUGUUUAUCUCUUGAUUAUUGGCAUUGUUGACUACAGGUACAGAGGUGAAUACCUGUGGAAGGACAUCGACUGGAGAAACAGUAGCGUGUGUAAGAUGGCGGGUUUUAUUUGUUUACUGUCUUGCGAAGUAUCGGUGUUUGUCAUCUUUUUGAUUACCUUUGAUCGCUUCCUUGUUGUUCGUUUUCCUUUCAGUCACAUUCACUUUGGAAAAGGUUCAGCUCAGUUGACCUGUGGUCUGAUAUGGCUGACAGGACUUGGCCUGGCAGCUGUACCUGUAAGUCCGAUGACGUCACACUGGCAGUUUUACAGUCAGAGUAGUAUUUGUAUUCCGCUGCCUACCUCAAGAAAGUAUUUUCCCGGUCGUAUGUAUUCUUUUGUUGUGUUAGUUUUCGUGAAUUUUGUCUUUUUUCUCCUCAUUUUUAUCGGCCAGAUUCUUAUUUAUUGGUCAGUUCUUGCCAAUUCCGUGUCAGCAGCUCAGUCAUCUAAGACGGUUAAAGACUUUAACAUCGCUAAACGACUAAUCACAGUGGCGAUGUCAGAUUUUUUGUGUUGGUUCCCCGUCGGUUUGGCUGGAACCCUGGCUUUUUACGAUGUCCCCAUACCUGGAGAGGUCAAUGUAGGUAUUGCUAUUUUUGUUCUACCUGUGAACGCGGCACUUAACCCCUACCUGUACACCAUCAACAUCUACCUGGAGCGCAGACGACGAGCAAGAGAGGAAGAAAGACGAAAGCGUGUCAUCGCUCAGCUCAACUUUGCUACUGGAGACUCAAAAAUGUCGAGUAACGAUGUGAUGGCCAUUGUUAAAUCACUUCUUUCAGGUAAGGAUCUUUCUCUAGAUGACCUGUCAAUCACUGUACGACAAGCGAAGUAGAACCAAUAUUUUUUGGUUGUAUCAUGAACAGUUAUAUUCGAAUAUAAUAUCAGUCUUUGUUUUCAGACCAUUUAUAAACUCGUAGAUUUACCAGGUGAUGGAUAAUUCUAGGGAUGCGGAUUUAUCACAGAUUCAUCCAGAACACGAGUUAACUGGAUCCUCGAGCGCUUGGGAAGGACAGACUGUGAUGACGAUGGUCGAUGUGUCUGCGGAGAAUUCUAGUCACGGAAUCGUGUUUACUUUAGCACGACACACCCAGAGGUGUGUAACUUGGGAAUUUCACAUCUUGAAGAUGACUGAUAUCUGUUUGAAGGCAGAGAACUUUC